AUGGCGAACAAGACAGCGCCAGUUGGCUUCGUUCUCCCAUUCGCCUACCGCUUGUUCUUUCUGGUCAUUGAACCCAUCUCGGCACUCGUGGGCGCCUUUUAUGCACACUUCCGCCAGGCAGAGUACCUGGCCCUCACACACGCCUCCACAGCCCCGGGCGGCACCGCCAUUCCCACGGGCACAUCCGUUGUCCUAUCCCAGCUGGCCAACCUCUAUCUCCUCUUUGCCCUCAACGAGGCGCUCGUCCUCCGGUCCACCGGCGACCUGAGGGUGUGGAAGACGGUGCUGUUUGUGCUGCUCCUGGCCGACUUUGGUCACCUGUACUCUGUCUCGGCCGUCGGCACCAGCGUCUACUGGAAUGUCUCGUCGUGGAACGCCAUUGAUUGGGGCAAUGUGCCGUUUGUAUACCUGGGUGCUUCCAUGCGUAUUGCCUUUCUGGCGGGUGUCGGUAUGGAGAGUAAGAAGACUACAAAAUCCAAAUGA